GUGGAUUCAAAGGUUCGAAGUGUUUGUCGUACUCUGGAAGAAUGGCAGGUGCGAUUUCAAUGAACCAGGAGGACCUUUUUAUCUGUCCGAUUUGUUUGGAUCUACUGAAAGAUCCAGUGACACUUCACUGUGGACACAAUUACUGCACGGGCUGCAUCAAGGGUUGCUGGGAUCAGGAAGAUCAGAAGGGAGUUUACAGCUGCCCACAAUGUAGACAGACUUUCUCUCCGAGACCAGUUUUGAACAAAAAUAACGUUUUUGCUGAGCUUUUGGAACAGUUCAGGAAGACCAGAAUUCAAGGUACUGCUUCUCCUAAGUGUUUUGCUGGACCUGGAGAUGUGGAGUGUGACAGCUGCACCACCGGGAGAAAACUAAAAGCGGUCAAGUCCUGCCUGAUGUGUUUGUUGUCGUACUGUGAGACUCAUCUCCAGCGCCAUGAUGAACUCUCAGGGAACAGACACAACGUGGUUGAUGUCACAGGUCAGCUACAAGACAAGAUCUGCGCUCAACACCAGAGGCUUAUGGAGGUAUUUUGUCGCACGGAUCAGAGUUGCGUCUGUUUGCUAUGUCUGGUUGAUGAACACAAAGGCCAUGACACGGUCUCAGCUGCAGCUGAGAGAACGGAGAAACAGAAGGAGAUGGAGGAGACCAAGAGGAAACUCCAGCAGAGACUCCAGGAGAGUGAGAAGGAGCUGCCAGAGCUGAGGAAGGCUGUGGAGACUCUCAAGCGCUCUGCACAGACAGCAGUGGAGGACAGUGAGAGGAUCUUUACUGAGAUGAUCCGCUCCAUUGAGAGAAGGCGCUCUGAGGUGACAGAGCUGAUCAGAGCUCAGGAGAAGGCUGAGGUGAGUCGGGCUGAAGGACUCCUGAAGCAACUGGAGCAGGAGAUUGCUGAGCUGAAGAGGAGAGAUGCUGAGCUGGAGUAGCUUUCACACACAGAGGAUCACAUCCAUUUCCUCAAGAAUUUUCAGUCAGUCAGCCUUCAACCUCAGUCUAAAGACUUAUCCAGCACCUCUGUCAGCCAAAGCUGGUCUUUUGAGGCUGUGAAGAAAUAUGUCUCCACACUGAAGGGGCAGCUGGAGGAUUUCUUCAAGCAGGAAGUCAUGAAGAUCUCUGCAGCAGUGUCUGAUGUCCAGGCUGUUUUUACUGAGCCAGUAACCAGAGAAGAGUUCUUAAAGUACUCCUGUCACUUCACACUGGAUCCCAACACAGCAUACAGACACCUCCAUCUGUCUGAGGGGAACAGGAGGGUGGAGGGGAGAGCUGAGCUCCAGUCAUAUCCUGAUCAUCCAGAGAGAUUUGAUGGGAUCCAACAGGUGCUGUGUAGAGAGGGUGUGUCUGGACGCUGCUACUGGGAGGUGGAGUGGAGUGGGUUGGUUUGUAUAGCAGUCUCAUAUAAAAGCAUCAGCAGGGAAGGACGGGGCAAUAAGUGUGUGUUUGGAUUUAAUGAUCAGUCCUGGAGUCUGAUCCUCAUCAGCUCCAGCUCCUAUUUCUGGCACAAUAAUAAACAGACUGAACUCCCUCUAGUGGCCAGCUCCAGAAUAGGAGUGUAUGUGGAUCACAGGGCAGGAACUCUGGCCUUCUACAGCAUCUCUAACAACACAAUGACCCUCCUGCACAGAGUCCAGACCACAUUCACUCACACACUCUACCCUGGGUUUUAUAUAGGCACUGGAUCAGCAGUGAAGCUGUUGUGACCCACCCUGUAUACAGCAGGACAGAAAUGCAAAGACCCCAGAUACAGAUAGAAGCUGUUAUCACAUCCACACACACACACACACACACACACACACACACACACCCAUAAACACAUAAACACAUCCCAUCUCAUCAGCACACAGAUAAGCCACCACUCACAUGUAAAGAUCUGGCUGCUGCCUCUCAGCUGCCUGCUAUUCUGUGGUCUUGGGGAAAACAAAAGACCAAAACCACUCCCUCAUCUCUGGACCCCAGCAGAUAUUACAGCAUCUGCACCUCUACUGGAACACACAUCAGCACACCACACACACUACUGGGUGGGAAAUGUGUUGAUGAGCCCAGUGUUUCACCCCCUCUGAUCCUCUCCCACAAUCCAUCUCCUCUCCCUCCUGCUCCCCCUAACCCUCCAUCCCCCCCCAGGUUUUCAGGCCUUUAGACCCUCUGUGAUUGGACACGUGUCUGAUGGAAGGUCGAAAGUGAAGUUUAUUAAGUUGAGUAGAAGUAAAUAUUCAUGGGGUUGUGCUCAAGAGAUUAAAAAAAUAUAUCUGAUGUAUGAUAAAAUAUACACUUCUUGUUGCAACACGACUGAAUCUGUCCAAAUUUACCAGAUUAUGGUGGAAGUCACAUUUACAGUUUCUUUUUUAAUAAAAAAACACACAUGAUCA